CUGAGAACCAUAUGGGUAGCCUCACCUGCCAAACUACAGCUCAUGGCAGUCAGUACACAAGCAGUGAUUCCUAUAGUAAUGGGUACAAUACCAACCACGCUGAGGGGGACAGUGGUAUUGGAGACUCUGUGCUCCUUCAUUUGGAACAUAAUGGAUUAUCUGACCUAUACACAAAUCCCAACAUGACUGUGCCAUUCCCUACCUGUGGGCAUCCUAGCGGCAGAUCAACUAGAGGACACUCCUCACCUCCAAACCUCACUGACCUCCUCCCUGGAUGCGAACUCCCAAGACGAGAGUCAGGAAACCCAGCAUUACACCUCACAUACCCUACCAUGCAGAAAAGCAGUUCCUGAUGGGAACACGCGGAAGGACUCGCUCAAGAGUCGCAUCCGCCGCCUCAGCGAUUGGACGGGAAGUCUAAGUAGGAAGAAGCGGAGGCUGCAGGAACCUCAGGAACAAAGUACUGUGGACUUUACAGAGGUUUUUAACUGUGGAGCUGGGGGCACGCUGGAGGAAUCCAGACCAUUUUGGAAUCCCAUGUCCUCCCAGACAAAGUUGGACUGCUCUGGGUCCUUAACGGGCCCAUUUGGGCAUCAGAACCAGGGUGCAGCCCUGAGGCAGAACAUCUACGAGAACUUUAUGCAGGGCCUGGAGACUGGCAGUAGCAGUGGAACUGCUGAUGGACCCCAGGUCUGGGAAUGUGAAGGGGAGAGCAGCAGUGGCUCAAUGGGCUCCUUGGAGCAAAUGGACUUCCUGUUUGAGAAGGAGCAAGGUGUUGUGCGGAGGGCUGGUUGGCUGGCUUUUAAGCCCCUCAUUACCCUUCACAAGGACCGCAAACUGGAGCUGGUAGCAAGACGCAAAUGGAGGCAGUAUUGGGUCACGCUCAAAGGCUGUACACUUUUGUUGGGUGAAUCCAAUGGAAAGACCUCCCCAGAGCAGGAAUGCACACCACAUUAUGCAGUGCUUGCUGAGGACAGUAUUGUGCAGGCAGUUCCUGAGCAUCCCAAGAAAGAGAAUGUCUUCUGCCUCAGCAAUGCCUAUGGAGACGUCUAUCUUUUUCAGGCUGCAAACCAAACAGACCUGGAGAAUUGGGUGACAGCCAUUCAUUCUGCCAGUGCAUCAAAUUUAGCUAAGCGUCAGGGGAAGGAAGACACUCUACGUUUGCUAAAGAGUCAAAGCAGAGCUCUCCUGCAGAAGAUCGACAUGGAUGGCAAAAUGAAGAAGAUGGCAGAGCUGCAGCUGUCCGUCAUCAGUGACCAGAAGAACAGGAAGGCUAUUGAGAGCCAGAUCCUGCAAUGGGAACAGAACCUAGAGAAGUUUAACCUAGAGCUGUUCCGCAUGCGCUGUUACCUGGCUAGCCUGCAGGGCACAGAGCUGCCCAAUCCAAAAAGCCUGCUAGCCACUGCUGGACGCCCAUCUAAAACGAUGCUAAGUCGUCUGGGAAUUUUCUCUGUCUCAUCCUUUCAUGCGCUGAUAUGCACUCGUGAUGAGGCCACCCUGAAGAGACGAUCUCGCUCUCAUCCUCGAGGUAUGCGGAACAAACGAGGACUACUGUUUUCUUCACAGAAGGGAUUGGACAGUUUGACCAAACGCAACUGUGAAAAGAGACAGUCCCUGUCCCAGAUAUUUGAAGGAUAUUCCUCUGGAUCAUUUGGUCAGCCAUCCACACAAAGCAGCUCAGAGCAGAAGCUGGACAUCUUUACCAAACUGCAUUUAACAGCGCCACCUGAAGGUCAUCCAUGGGACUGCAGCCUGGAAAGCCGUGCUUAUGUACACAUGCCGGACAGCCAGGUCAUCAGUGUGCCAGUCAAACAGGACUCUCUGGUUUCUGAUGUUCUCUCAUUGGCGUGCAAGGUAAAGCAACUUGACCCGGCUCUGCAUUGCCUGCACAUGAGGAGACAUUUAGGACAAGAUGUGGAGAGAAGUACUCCAUUGCCCACAGACCUGCUGAGGACCCUGGUCUAUGAUGAACUGGAAGUUUGGCUUCUUAAUGUGUUCACCUUAAACAUGUCCCGUCCAGACAUAACCGUAGACUUUGGUUUUGCAGUCACAGGCCACGUGGAUGGUGCCAGGAAGAGUCAUGUCUAUGUGAGUGAGGUGAAUCCUGAAGGCCUGGCAUUUAUUGAAGGUCUGAGAGCAGGAGAUGAGAUCUUGACUCUUAAUGGCGUGAGUGUGGCCACUCUCGACCUUGGCCUCAUGCAGAGCUUCUUCAGCCAACAAGAUCUCCAUCUUGUCCUCAGACGUGAGGAUAACAGCUCAGACGACCAGUGCUCCAUUUGGCCAGACUGUGACCCCAGUGAACCUGAUCAACCUCAGCCUCCUCAGGGCGACAUCAUUCGCCCGGAGCAGUUGACCACCGAUCCAUCUCAAGAGCAGGAAUUUCCCGAGAGUUCCGUGGCGCCUGCUUUGGAGGAGGUGAACGAUAAGGCCGAGCGGGGCGGAAAGAACCCAGAGACGGUGUGUAAUCUCUACCAGACGUUCCCUGAAGGAUCCAUUCUCAUGCCAGAGGGCCACAGGAACCCUUACUCCACUGAAAAUGCCCUUGCCAGAUCCUCUCCCCGUCACAUGUCCGUCACUGAGCGCCUGCGCAUGGUUAUUCAAGAGCUGGUGGACACAGAGAAAUCUUAUGUCAAGGACCUUGGAUCUUUGUUUGAGAUCUAUCUGAAGCCAUUACAAAGAGAAACAUUCCUUAGUCAUGAUGAGAUGGAGUCUCUGUUUGGCAGCCUGCCAGAGAUGCUGAACUUCCAGAGGGUUUUCCUACAAACCCUAGAGGAGAGGACAACUUCCUCACCGGACUACCAUGCACUGGAGACUCCAGAGAAACUUAAGAAACUCCUCUUCUCCCUCGGCGGAUCUUUCUUAUACUAUGCAGAUCACUUUAAGCUUUACAGCGGCUUCUGUGCCAAUCACAUUAAGGUGCAGAAAGUUCUCGAAAGAGCAAAAACAGACCGGGCGUUCAAAGAGUUCCUGGAGGCGAGAAACCCCACCAAACAGCACUCGUCCACCCUGGAGUCGUACCUCAUUAAACCUGUGCAGAGGGUUCUGAAGUACCCGCUGCUGCUGAGGGAGCUGGUGUCUCUCACUGACCCCAAGAGCGACGAGCGCAACCACCUCACAGAGGCGUUAAAGGCCAUGGAAAAGGUGGCCAGUCACAUAAAUGAGAUGCAGAAGAUCUAUGAGGACUAUGGCACAGUGUUUGACCAACUAGUGGCAGAGCAGAGUGGCCCUGAGAAGGAGGUCACUGAGAUCUCCAUGGGAGAGUUCAUCAUUCACAGCUCGGCACUCUGGCAAAACCCUCUUCCCUCUUUGGGCCGCAUGAGAAAAGACCCUGAACUCACCCUCUUCCUCUUCAAGAGAGCGCUCAUUUUGGUGUAUCGGGAAAGCAAGCUAAAGAAAAGAAUGACUUCUUCACGGCCCGGGGAUCUGGAUCCUUUUAAAUUCCGUUGGCUCAUUCCUGUAUCCUCCCUUCAGGUCCGACCUGGAAAUUCAGCAGGGUCAGAGAACCCUUGUGUUUGGGAGGUUGUUCACACCAAGUCUGAAGUGGAGGGACGACCAGAGAUGUUCUUUCAGCUCUGCAGCAGUAAUCUGGAGAACAAGGCCAAUGCAGUGAGGGCCAUCCGUGCUCUCUUGAGAGAGAACGCCAAGCGGACAGCUCCAGUUGAGCGCCGAUUCAAAGAUUUAAAUUCUAACUUCACCUUCCCCAGGAGAAGCCACCCAGGAGCACUAAGAACAAACUCCUGGCAGAGGCUGCCACCACAGCCAAAAACUUUAGACUCAGAUGAGGGCAGACUGCUUGACGGAUACGCUCAUUCUGAGCCUCCCCUCCCGAGCUGCUUGCUCAGACCCUCUAGAGGCGAGAACUCCACUCUGAGCAAGAGCUCUACAUUGUGCUCUCUGACCAGCGCCUUGGAAGCUCAACUCCAGAGACUGAAUUUUGUAGAAGAACCCCAAGGCAUGAGCAAGAGCAGUACCAGCAGCCUUCAGGGCAGUCAGGUGACUCUGCUGGAUGACACUCCAGGUCUGGACCUCAACACCCUGCUGGCCAGGGACUACAGUGUGCAGAGCCUGGGUUCGGUCGUUAACGAGGAUUGUUUUUACGACACAGUGAUGGGCAUCCAAAAAGCUGCCAUUCCCACCCUGUAGAGGAAGUUGGUGCUACAAACAUUAAAAUGCACUAAAACAUGAUUAUCGUGCCUUGAUAUGAACAGCUCUUACCCAGACUGUUUUAUAUCUGUAGCUCUGCAAAAUCUAGUGAGCUGACUACUUAGACAGCAUUUUAAAAUCAACGUAGGCACACACCAUUAUUAUGCUGUCUUCUAAGGUAGGCUUUGCUUUGGUCAAGUUCUAAGGCAGCAUCACAUGUAUUCUUCAAGGAAAGUAUCCAAGAUGGCGGAGUUAGAGAGAAAUUGACUCUAUAUACAUAUACAUACUUAUUUAAUACUGAUAAGUACACUGUCGGUCAAAAGUUUGGAAGAACUACAGUAAUAUAUUUGAAAAAAAAUCACUUAUGCUCACCAAAUACAGUUAAUACUAUUGUCAAUUAUACAAUUUAAAUUACUAUUUUCUAUUUUAAAAUGUAAUUUAUUCCUGUGAUGGCAAAGCAUCGAAUCAACAUAUUAGACUGAUUUCUGAAGGAUCAUGUGACACUGAAGACUGGAGUAAUGAUGCUGAAAAUUCAGCUUUGAAAUCACAGGAAUAAAUUACAUUUUAAACUACAUUAAAAUUGUAAAAAAAAUAAAUAAACAUUGUUUAUAUUGUUAUAAUAUUAUGAUAUGUAACGUAAUAAUAUAUGUUUUACUGUAUUUUUGAUCAAAUAAAUGCAGCCUUGCAAAAAAAUUAAUUUACCUCCUUAACAAUUAUGAACCAGCUAUGGAAGCUGCCACAGAAUUAAAAAAAAAAAAAAAAAAAAAAAA